AAUCCUCAUCAAAAUUCAAUAAUUAAAAAGACUCACUCAAAUCAAUUGAAUUGCCAAUUUAACACCAAUAAUCUUCAUCAAAAUAAACAGUUGCCUACUAAAUACUGGUCAAUGAGGCACUUGUUAUUUACAAAUUUUGAUCGCGGUAUUCUCUUGGAUACAGAGAGCUUCUAUUCAGUCUGUCCAGAGGUAUUAAGCUAUCAUAUAGCAAAGCGUUGUAAAAAUAACAUAGUGUUGGAUCCUUUUUGUGGAGCUGGUGUCUUAGCAUGCGAUAUUGAUCCGAACAAGAUAAGAUUAGCACGGAAUAAUGCUGAGAUAUAUGGUGUUCCUCAUAAAAUUGAUUUUGUAGUUGGUGACAUUUUUCAAAUUUACCUGAAGUUAAGAGCGGAUGUAGUAUUCAUGUCACCACCGUGGGGAGGACCAGGAUAUUCAUUUGAUAAAAGCUACAGUUUAACUUCUAUGUGUGAUAAUUAUUUCAGGGGAGGUUUUG